CUCGUUUCUACCCAAAACCCUAAUUUCUCCUUUCUUCUCCGCUAAUCCUUGGCCUUAAACCCAUGCAGGCGAGUUGCCCUAAUUGUGUUCGUCGAUUCCAUUUCUGAUUUAGGUCUGCAAUUUGGCGAAUUUCCACUCCCACAUUGGCUUGGCUUUAUUGAGAUACGUUUUCUUGCUUCUGUUCUUUUUUAAUUUCUUUGUUUACGUCUGGGGCUGUGAUUUUCUUUCGUCCAUCUCAAAGCUUCACGUCGAUUACGAGCAGUAUUUUGAGAAAUUCUACCAGCGGAAGUGGGAUUUACGUUUUCUUGGGGGGUUGCGUUGAAUGCUUAAAUACUCGAGAAAGGCGGUAAUGUUAUUUUUCAAAUUCUGAGGUCUCUCAUGGAGUUUCUCGAUAAUUGUGUGCUGAUUGAUUAGAAUUUGACUAAAUAUGUAAGGAGUAGUGAUCGAAACGAGGGUUCUUUUCUUGGUGCGAUUCUGGAGGUUAAAUGUUUAGACGGAUUGAAUUUUUUUAGCAACGUAUUGUUGAAUGAUGGAUAGCACCCCUGGUUUAGUUUUGAAGCGUUCCUUGCGUAAGAAAGCUACUUCGCGAAAUUAUGACGAGGAUUUAAUGGACGAGGUUAUAGAGCAGCAUUUAGGGGGUGUUUCGAAGAAGAAGAGCAAAACGGCAGAGGAUCUGGAGAAGGAGACUGAAGUUGAGGCUAUGAUAGCAUUAUCGGUUGGAUUCCCAAUUGAUGCGCUUCAUGAGGAGGAAAUCAAAGCUAGGGUGGUCACGAAAUUGGGUGGCAAAGAGCAGAACGAUUACAUUGUUGUUAGAAAUCAUAUCAUCGCGAGAUGGCGGGGUAACGUACGAAUGUGGCUGUCGAAAGGGCAGAUUAAAGAGAGUGUGAGCAGUGAGUAUGAACAUUUAAUUAGUAAGGCGUAUGAUUUCCUUCUGUACAAUGGAUAUAUAAACUUUGGGGUGACACCAACCUUUACAUCUCAAGUGGCAGAGGAGGCAUGUGAAGGAUCUGUGAUUGUUAUUGGUGCAGGUCUUGCCGGGUUGGCUGCAGCUCGGCAGUUAUUAUCGUUUGGUUUUAAGGUUGUUGUUUUGGAAGGUCGGAAUCGACCUGGUGGACGAGUUUAUACACAAAAGAUGGGUCUGGAGGGCAAAUUUGCUGCUGUGGAUCUUGGUGGUAGUGUCAUUACUGGUAUCCAUGCUAAUCCUCUUGGAGUUCUAGCUAGACAACUUUCCAUUCCACUUCAUAAGGUUAGAGAUAAUUGUCCAUUGUAUAAACCUGAUGGAACACUGAUUGAAAAAGAUACUGAUGCUAAGAUUGAGUAUAUUUUUAAUAAAUUGCUUGACAAAGUGACUGAACUGAGAAAGAUUAUGGGAGGAUUGGCUAAUAACAUUUCUCUUGGAACCGUUCUGGAAAAACUCAGGCAAUUGUAUGCUGUUGCUCAGAGCAAGGAUGAACGACAACUUCUCGAUUGGCAUCUAGCGAACUUGGAAUACGCAAAUGCAGGAUGUCUUUCGAAUUUGUCUGCUGUGCAUUGGGAUCAAGAUGAUCCUUAUGAAAUGGGCGGCGACCAUUGCUUUCUAGCAGGAGGUAAUUGGAGAUUGAUAAAAGCAUUAUGUGAAGGAGUUCCGAUAUUUUACGGGCAGGUUGUUGACACCGUUAAAUAUGGAAGUGACGGAGUAGAAGUAGUAGCUGGCGAUCAAGUGUUUCAAGCUGAUAUGGUUCUGUGCACGGUUCCGCUUGGGAUUCUGAAGCGAAAGCUUAUCAGAUUUGAACCGGAGUUACCUAAAAGGAAGGUGGCGGCGAUUGAGAGACUGGGUUUUGGAUUAUUGAAUAAAGUUGCAAUGGUGUUUCCUCAUGUUUUCUGGGGGGAAGACCUUGAUACAUUUGGAUGUCUUAGAGAGCAUUGCCAUCAGCGGGGGGAGUUCUUUUUGUUUUAUGGGUAUCAUACUGUUUCUGGAGGUGCAGUUCUUAUAGCUCUUGUUGCUGGAGAAGCUGCUGAAGCGUUUGAAUGCACAGAUCCAACUGUGUUGCUCCACAGGGUUCUUGGAAUUCUCAGAGGCAUAUUUAGCUCGAAAGGGGUUGACGUGCCGAAUCCAAUACAGACAAUAUGCACGAGAUGGGGCAACGAUCCAUUUUCCUAUGGCUCGUACUCUCACAUUCGAGUUGGGUCCACUGGCAGCGAUUAUGAUAUUCUUGCAGAGAGAGUGUGGAACAGAUUAUUUUUCGCCGGUGAGGCCACAACUAAGCAAUAUCCAGCCACCAUGCAUGGUGCCUUCUUGAGCGGGCUACGAGAAGCUUCAUGUAUUUACCAUGCAACUCGGGGACGAUCAAACCAUUCAAGGAAGUACAUGCCAAGAAAUCUGAGACAUGAUAUUCUGGUGGAUCUUUUCAGGAAUCCCGACAUUGAAGUUGGAAAUCUGUCCUUUAUUUUCGGUUCAUCGUUAGAUGGCGAAAAAUCAAUGGGGAUCAUGAAAAUCACAUUCAGGGACAAGGGAGAAAGUUCUAGCAUUGAAGAACUGGCAGAGGAUUGUGAAGAUCCCUCACAACAACAGCUGCUGCAGCUUUACACAAUUGUAUCCCGUGAACAGGCACGCGAGCUGCUACUCGCGAUCGAAGAGGAUGAAAGUAGACUUCCUUAUCUAGUGAAAGAGUUUGGCUUAAAGCUGAUGGGACCGAGUGCCUUGGCUAAUAUUGGUAACUCGUUGAUUUCUCGUAUUGUCGGUGCUCGAAGAGGCCGGGGUAGGAAUCGGCUGUCUGCUGGACCCCAACCCCAACCGCAAAUGCAACCACAACUGCCACCCCAAUCCCAACCACAGCCGCAACUGCCACCCCAAUCCCAAACUGAAGCACGACUGCAGCUGCAGCCCCAGCACGAACCACGACUGCAACCGCAGCCCCAGCCCCGGCCCCAGGCAGAACCACAAUUGCAAGCCCAGCCCCAGCUCCAACCCCAACCCAAACAGCAACUCCAGCCUCAAUCACAACUGCAGUUGCAACCCCAACAACCCGAACUACAGAUACGAUCACAGCCACAAAUCUAAUAUAUACUCUUCUUCUGCUGCUGAUUUAAGGAACCAACCUUGUUUUGGAAAUGGAAGUACCCAGAACAUGUGGGUACAUUGCAUGAAAGGGGUGCCACAAAUGGGCAUGCCUGUCCAUUCCCAGAUGACGAGUUGAACUAUAUAGCCCAAGGGAUGAUGAAUUGUUUAUUUCAUUGUUUCACGAUUUGGAAAACUGCCAUUUUUUUAGCCUCGCAAGGAUUGUUGGAAGCCUGAAGCAAACUGACAGUAAUAACAUGAUCAGAUGAUCAUGUGUAAACCUUUCGAGUAAAUCAUUGACUGUAAGACAUCGAUUUGAUGUCGAGUAGGAAACUGUAGUACUUAGAAUUCUUCCCUGUAGUUCUUGUAGUUCAAUACAACUUUAUGGUUUUACUACACAUUUUGUAUCUGUAA